UACUGUAAGUCUGAUCUAUGUGUUCACAGAAAGGAAGGAACCAACUUCCAUGUCGGCUCUGCUGCAUGGUGGAGGUGCUGGCAGCCAGUUAGACGAGGGUGGAGUCUCUGACCAGUUGAAUCUGGAUACUCUGUCCCUUGACCUAGCCGAGGGCAACAUAGAGGACAGGCUGGCUGAACUACUUGGUUGUGGAGAUUCAGAGACAGACUUCUUCCAGUUGUUCGGAGAGCUUCAGACUAUGAAGGAGCGGGUGUCAUCAUUGCCAAGCGACCAGCGCAAAGCAUGCGCGGAGCAAGUGGUGUUGGCAUUUUGGCGUACUAUUGGCGGGGAGGUGGACGAAGUGGACUUGACAGACCAGCAGCCGCCUGCAUGAUUCACACGUACAAUCAUGGAUGUCUCACUAGAAAAAUUAACAAUGUUAAUGUAAUGUUAACUAUUUCAAACUUUUUUAAACUAUUGGUUAUUUUAUUGGGUUUGUAGACUGUUGAACCCUGUAAUAUCGGAUUAACCAGAAGUAAAAUGUAAACAAUUGUUUAUUAUGUGUGAAUCACAGGAUAUUUGUGAUUAUUAAAUAUCCGCUAUUGUGAUUAAAAACAAAACUGUAAUAGAGUAAAUAGAUUACCAGUAUUAUUGGAGUUAUUA